AUGGAGCCCCCCCCCCGGGAAGGGGUAGGUGCGGGUCCCCCGCACCCCUCCCCCGACACCGCCCUAACGCAUACGCCACCAGCGGCGUAUGCUACGCCGACGGGCGUUUUUCACGCGCCCGCCGCCGCCGUCUCCGCCGCUGCUGUCGCCGCUGCGCUAACUGCCGCCGAUGCCGCCGCCGCGGUCCCCGCCGCCGCAGUUUCGAACACCAACACGGCGACGACGACGACCGCAGCAGCAUCUAAUGUAACUGCCGCUGUCACCGCCGCCGUCACCACCACCGUCACCGCCGCCACCACCACCGCUGCCGCCACCGCGGCCGACACCGUUGCCGCCGCCGCCGCCGCCACUUCUUCCGCCGCCGCUGCCGCCGCCGCCACCACCUACCCAAUUGGGUGGUCCACUUCAAGGAAAUAA